GGCUGUGAGCACCCGGGCCACGCCUCUGCGGCUCCAGCUGUCAGAGCCGCCACCAGCUCGGGGGAUCGUGAGAACGGGGGGAUUGCCUCCACGCAUACACCCCUCGCCUGAAUCCCCACGCCGUUAGGAAAUCCCACGUGCAGCGGGGCUCGGCGAAGGAGCCCCUUUCCUCUGCCCCCCACCCAUCCCAGCGCCCCUCGCUCUGACCGCGCCUCCUGGCUCCGGCGCGAGCGCUGAGGCUCGGCAGCAGGUGCCCCGGCGGGCGCCCCGCUCUCCGGAGACGCUCAGGUCGCCGUCUCGCCCCCGCCCCUUCUCGGAGCCCGCCGGCCCUCGCCGCCGCUGGAAACCGUGCCUCUUAGCAGCAUGGCCACCAGGCUCAGCCUCGACGAUCCGCUGCUGCCCAUCACGCUGUCGGCCCAGCAGACCACGCUGCUGCUGCUGCUCUCGGUGCUGGCCGCCGUGCACGUGGGCCAGUGGCUGCUGCGGCAGCGGCGCCAGCCCCCCGGGUGCGCGCAGCAGCCCCCGGGCCCGUUCGCGUGGCCGCUGAUCGGGAACGCCGCGGCCCUGGGCCCCGCGCCGCACCUCGCCUUCCAGCGCCUGGCGCGGCGCUACGGCGACGUCUUCCAGAUCCGCCUGGGCGGCUGCCCGGUGGUGGUGCUCAACGGCGGGCGCGCCAUCCGCCAGGCGCUGGUGCAGCAGGCCACGGCCUUCGCCGACCGGCCGGCCUUCGCCUCCUUCCGCGUGGUGUCCCGCGGCCGCAGCCUGGCGUUCGGCCGGCACUCGGAGCGCUGGAAGGCGCAGCGGCGCGCGGCGCAGGCGGCCAUGCGCGCCUUCUCGCCGCUGCAGCCCCGCGGCCGGCGCGCCCUGCAGGCGCACGUGCUGGCCGAGGCGCGCGAGCUGGUGCGGCUGCUGGUGCGCGGCAGCGCGGGCGGCGCCGCCCUGGACCCGCGGCCGCUCACGCUGGUGGCCGUGGCCAACGUGAUGAGCGCCGCGUGCUUCGGCUGCCGCUACGACCACGGCGACGCCGAGUUCCGCGAGCUGCUCGCCCACAACGAGGACUUCGGGCGCACGGUGGGCGCGGGCAGCCUGGUGGACGUGCUGCCCUGGCUGCUGCGCUUCCCCAACCCGGUGCGCGCCACCUACCGCGAGUUCGAGCUGCUCAACCGCAACUUCAGCGGCUUCGUGGAGGACAAGUUCCUGCGGCACCGCGACAGCUUCCGCCCCGGCGCCGCCCCGCGCGACCUGAUGGACGCCUGCAUCCUCUCGGUGGCCAAGGAGGCGGCCCCGGGCUCCUCCGAGGGCUCCGGCGACGGCGCGGCGCGGCUGGACCAGGACUACGUGCCGUCCACCGUCACCGACAUCUUCGGCGCCAGCCAGGACACGCUCUCCACCGCGCUGCAGUGGAUUCUUGUCCUUCUCACCAGGUACCCUGCAGUGCAGGCCCGGCUGCAGGCAGAACUGGAUCAAGUCGUGGGUCGAGACCGUCUGCCCUGCCUGGACGAUCAGCCCAAACUGCCCUACACCAUGGCCUUUAUCUACGAAACCAUGCGCUUCUCCAGCUUCGUGCCCAUCACCAUUCCUCACGCCACCACCGCCGACACCUCCGUCCUGGGCUACCACAUCCCCAAGGACACGGUGGUGUUUGUGAACCAGUAUUCCGUGAACCACGACCCCCUGACGUGGCCUCGCCCGGAGGACUUCGAUCCCACCCGGUUCUUGGACCAGGACGGCCUCUUCAGCAAGGACCUGGCCAGCAGCGUGAUGAUUUUUUCGAUGGGCAAGCGGCGCUGCAUCGGGGAAGAGAUCUCCAAGACGCUGCUGUUCCUCCUCACUGCCGUCCUGGCUCACCAGUGCAGCUUCCAGACCAAUCCCGACGAGUCCGCCAGAAUGGAUUUCACUUACGGCCUGAGCAUCAAACCCAAGUCCUUCAAGGUCAACGUCAGCCUCAGAGAGUCCAUGGAGCUCCUGGACAAGGCUGUCCAGACGCUACAAGCCGAGGAAGACUGCCAGUGAGAAGCCAGAAGCAAACUGGAAUUUCAGAAGGAGUUUGGGGGGAUGGGGAGUAACGUUUUCCAGCUCCUCCGGGCCACUUUCUCUCAGCUGGCGUCCAAAGGGAGCCCACGUCAGCACUGGGCUGUGCAGGAGUCCUGGGGAGAUUUCCUUUCCGUUCAGGAGGGAAGAGGCCCACAGAAGUUGCACACACACGCGUAAUGCUGGGAGUGCUUUCUCCAGAGAGCAUUCUUUGGAGGUGAAACACAUCUGGGCCCACAUGCAGAACCGCCUGGUGAAGAGGUACUUCCAAUAGCCAUGCUUUCGUGGGUGGGGUCCCAGGUGGAUGUUCUGUGGGCUGAACAGCCGUUAUAAAACCGUAUUUAGCAAAGUUUCAGCAUAGAUUGUUAAAUAGGCACAGGCAAAUAACUUCAGUGUAAGACAUGUGAUUGGGGGUGAGAGGGAAAAGAUUCAGACCGGAAAUUUCCUUCUCGUCUUGUUAGUACCAUAGCUUAAGUUAAGGGCAGGUAUCUGUGGAUGGAUUUAUCUUUUGGCCUACUGAUGUGCUUUCUCAUGCCUUUUUGGGUGGUUCAUAAAGUCUUUUGCUGAAAAGGAAAUUCAUAGUAGUUGGUUUAAUGAUUAUAGUGGGUUUCAGUAAUUUAUCAUUAAUUAUAAAAUGUAAGUAGUUAAAUUGUAAAACAUUCCAAGCUGUGUUGAUUGCCAAAGUACAGAAUUUCAAUUGUAAGCAACAUCCCCCCCCCAAAAAAAAAACCAACAACGCACAAGUCUUACCAGCCCAGCUAAGCUUUAAAUCAUGUAAUUGCAAUGCACUGAGUUUAAUAAUUAGCAUAGCUUUUAAAAAAAAUCAAUAGUACUCAGUUUGUAUACACAUAUAAUUAAUUAUUCAUAGGCAGUAAGUAUUAGUUACUUUAUUAUUACAUUCUUAGUAUUAUUUUGGUCAAGAAAAGGUUGCACAACAUAUAUCUUUUAUAUUGUCAUAGAAAAUUGAAAUGUAUGACCAAUUCAACUAAUUCUGUCUCAAAUACUUGAAAUGAGUUAGAUUAAGUCAACUACCUAUUUUUGACAUGGAAACCAAGUUGAAGUAAAGCCUUGCCUUUCAUCCAAAACUCGAAUGACAACUGAAAAAUCUCAAAAUUGGAUCUACAAGAUGUCACUUCCUUAUUACUUUACAAUAUAUUUAUUAAAAUUCUAUUCAUAAUACAGAAUCUCUUUUAAAAACUGACCAAGUUAAUACGUUAUAAUUCCAAAUUCUUGGCACACUUAAAAUUUAAUGUAAUUUUAAAGACAUUCUAAUUAUUGAGAACAAGUUGAAGUUCCCGGAAAUCUGACCGUUAGCCAUUGGAACGCAGAGAAAUUGCACCUGUGUUUCCUGAUGAAUAGCCAACAAUGCAACAAGUUACCUGGAUGUUAUCUUUAUUAAGAAAGAAGAGGGAAAAUUAUAUAACAGACCUAUUUUUUUUUUCCUUUUAAAUUAUUUUUAAAAAUAGCAUUAAUGUCAGUGUUUUGGAAAGUCAGAAUCAGAAGGCAGUCUCGGGGGGCUGUUUUGGGCACUGCGUUGUGUAUUGCUGAAGCUGGUCAGAUAAAUUGUAUUGUCUAAGAUGGGCAACCCAGGGAGCUGUACCUUUGGUAACUGAAAACAUAAAGCCUGAACUAAACGUAUACAUUCAGUUUAUGCAAAUAAUCUGAAAACCUUUAAAAAGUAAGAGUACAAAAUGAAGUUUGAAAGUCUAACUUUCAUCAAAAUCAUGAAGGAGUGUAUCAUGGUUGUGUGUGUAGAGGUGGAAAGAGUAAAGAGU